GCGUGCGGGGGUAGCGACAAACUACACUUCCCAGAGUCUUAUGCAACGGAAGUGACGCAAAGAGCAGACAGAGUUGGAGGGCUCGGGUAAAAAUGGCUGAAUAUUUAGCCUCGAUAUUCGGGACUGAGAAGGACAAGGUUAACUGCUCUUUUUACUUUAAGAUCGGGGCCUGCCGGCACGGGGACCGGUGCUCCCGGCUUCACAACAAGCCGACUUUCAGCCAGACCAUAGUGCUGCUCAACCUGUACCGGAAUCCACAGAACACCGCCCAAACCGCAGACGGAUCUCACUGUCACGUGAGCGACGUGGAGGUGCAAGAACACUAUGACAACUUCUUCGAGGAAGUGUUUACGGAACUGCAGGAGAAGUACGGGGAGAUUGAAGAGAUGAAUGUGUGCGACAACCUGGGGGACCACCUCGUGGGCAAUGUCUAUGUCAAGUUUCGGAGAGAGGAGGAUGCAGAGCGGGCAGUGGCUGAACUCAACAACCGCUGGUUCAACGGGCAGGCUGUGCAUGCAGAGCUGUCUCCUGUCACUGACUUCCGGGAGUCAUGCUGUCGGCAGUAUGAGAUGGGGGAAUGUACCCGUGGUGGCUUCUGCAACUUCAUGCAUCUGCGACCCAUCUCCCGGAACCUCCGGCGGCAGCUCUAUGGUCGGGGACCCAGGCGCAGGUCACCCCCGAGACCCCAUAUUGGCCACCGUCCCCGAGAAAGAAACCGACGACGUUCCCCAGACCACCGGCAUGGCCGCUUCUGAGACCCUGGCUCCCUUGCCCUUCAUCUCUGACAGGCAUGGAUGUUCCUGGCCAGAACCCUUCCUCAACGCUUCCUUAACUCCCCAGCACCAUCUUCCCCAGGCUGUGGGGCUCCAUAAUGUAAUCCAGUCAACACAGGGACCUUCUUCUACUGCCCCUCCCCUAAUAAAGUUCUGUAUUGAG